GCUAUUCGAGUCCUGGGCGUGACAAGCUCUGAAGUUGCGCCUUUCAUUCUGUGCUAUCAGCACUUUCACAUUCACCGGCAGACAUAGGAGAGCCUUCACAAUGGCAGAACACUUCACUGAACAAAUAGUAUUUAACAAACCAAAGAUUGAGCUGCAUGUGCAUCUUGAUGGCGCUAUCCGAGUGGAGACGAUCCUAGACGUUGCCAGGCGACGUGGGAUUACCCUGCCUGCAGGCACAGUGAAGGAGAUGACACACAUUUGUGUGGUGCACCAGCCUGCCACGCUCACAGAGUUCCUCGGCAAGUUCGCAGAGUACAUGCACGUCAUUGCUGGUGACAGAGAGGCGAUCAAGAGGAUCGCCUAUGAGUUUGUGGAGGACAAAGCCAAAGAGGGGGUGAUCUACGUUGAAGUCAGAUACAGCCCACACUUUCUGGCUAACACUGACGUAGAACCCAUUCCAUGGAACCAAAAAGAAGGUGACUUGAGCCCAGAUGAGGUUGUUUGCUUGGUGAACCAGGGUCUGGCUGAGGGAGAGAAGGCAUUCAACAUCAUAGCCAGGUCCAUUCUGUGCUGCAUGCGCCACAUGCCAAGCUGGUCCAAGGACGUGGUGGAGUUGUGUAAGAAGUACAAGAAGGAUGGAGUGGUGGCUAUUGAUCUGGCAGGAGACGAGUCACUCAACUGUGAGGCCUACCCAGGACACAGGAUGGCCUAUGAGGAAGCUGAGAGAUGUGGGGUCCACAGAACAGUCCAUGCUGGAGAGGUAGGCCCUGCCUCUGUGGUGAAAGAGGCUGUGGAGGUCCUGAAAGCAGAGAGAAUAGGACAUGGCUACAACAUACUGGAGGACCAAGUGCUGUACAAACAACUCCUGGAGCAGAAUAUGCAUUUUGAGGUGUGUCCCAUAUCCAGCAAACUGACUGGAGCCUGUGAUCCAGACUUCACCAAGCAUCCUGUCAUCACCUUCAGAAAGGAUAAGGCCAACUACUCCCUGAACACAGACGACCCUUUGAUUUUCAACUCCACCCUGCACUUAGACUACAGCACUGCCCAGAACUACAUGGGCUUCACCGAGGAGGAAUUCAAGAGACUGAACAUAAACUCCGCUAACUCCAGCUUCUUGCCUGAGAAGGAGAAGAAGGAUCUUAUUAACAAGUUGUACGAAGCCUAUGGAAUGGUGGAGAACACUGGCUUUUAAAUUAAGUACUGAUCAGAGCUGCAACAACAACCCAGGCACCAACCACUUUGCCAUGUAAGAUAGGUCGUAUAGACUAUUUGAAUCGUCAUGCCAACAACUUACAUUUCCUUUGGUGGAAAUAGAGUUCUUACCCCACAUUUUAAAAUAAAUUAGGAAUGCUUCAGGUAAACCAGCUCUAUACCAAAAAUUAUCAAAAAUGUAAUAUUGUAGUCCUAGUUGUGAGCACUAGGUGACGUACUCUAUCUACUGCUGUACUGUUCUCACUUGGUGGAGAGUAAAGCCUACUGAAGUGGUCUUACCAUUUUUAUAGUAACUUCUGGAAGAGGUUUUUCUCAGAGGUAGAUUUAGUGAAACAUUUUGUCAUUUUUGCAUUUUACUAAUUGAAAAGCAGUUCCAUUUAAUACAUGUCUUCCAUUGAGGACAAUGACGUUAAAAUACGAGCAAUAUCUACAAUAAAAACGCUUUUGCAUCUUAAAAUUGUCAUUAUUGAAGGAGUAUCAGAAUCAACUGCAAUAUGGACCUUACCUCACUAUGGACAGUUUAGUUCAAAUGUAAACCACUUGAGUGGCAGCUCUUACAGAGCAGCAGCAUAUCUUACUGGAAAAGCACAGGCUGGACCCAGGAACAUAGAGCUUGCUCAUGAGUACCACUUCACUCAAACACUUCUUCUCCUUUAUCAAAAAAGAAUACAACAUGGAGGUGCUAGGGCGCUGUCCUAUAUGCUGUAAAUUGGCUUCCUGUGACCACUCCAAUGUACACUAAACUGCAUUAGGAAAUAUUGAUGAUAACCUCAAAUAUUCAACUUCCAUCAGCGAUGGGUGUCUUUGAACGGUCACAUCCUGGCUAACGUCAGUGUUUCAAAAAAUCUAUAGAAAACAUCUACUUGAACUAAAUAAAUCCCACUAGCAUUAUUCUGACCACUGAAAGUACAAAUUCUGACCACUGAAAGUACAAGUUCUGACCACUGAAAGUACAAGUUCUGACCACUGAAAGUAGCUUCACUGAAGAAAAUGAAAGACUCCGGGAGUGCCUCAGGCAGCAAUGGUAUUCUGAAGAUAAGAUUACAGUUGUGCCAACAGCAGAAGUAUGCACAUACCGUAACAGAAGAUACAUAAACAUUUUAUUACAGAAAAGAAAUGACUAUUACAAAAGGUAUCAGAGAACCAUUUGAAAUAAAUAUGAUACAACAAAAGGUAAAAUAAUAAACACAAAAUAAAUGGCAAACAUGA